AGACAACUGAAUUAGUUAUAAUAAACUAAUACGUAGAUUUCUAUACUAAUAUCUAGCGUUAAUGAAAUUUGUGAAUGUCAUGCUUACAGCUACUCUUGUCACUGUUUGCAUUCUUGGUGUUGCUAAGUAUACAUUUGCUGUAAAUCUGAAGUACUACGAAACAUUCAGUCAUACUGACAUAGUGUCAUCAUCUUUUGUGAAACGCUCAGCAGAAACCUCCAGAACCAGCCUAUUUCAAGAACUAAAAUUCAGUAUUCUCAAAAGAGACUUUCAGUUGGUUCUGAAAUCUGGAACUGAUGUAUUGGCUGCAGGUUUUGUUGGUCAGUUAGUUCAUGAAGAUGGGAAGACAAGUCCAUUCCAUGUCAAUCAAGAUUUAAUUUUUAAAGGCCACUUAAAAGACAACCCAGAUGUAUCCGUUCAUGCUCACAAGGAAGACUAUUUGUGGUCUAUACAAAUUUUUGAAAAAGAUGAAAUCUAUGCAGUAGAGCCUGCAAGAAAUCUCUUAUCUCCUGCUGAAAACCCAAAAAAUCAUUCCCUUGUUGCUUACAAAAGUACAGACUUACCAGCUGAUGGGUGGCGUUGUGGAGUUGUAGAUGCAAAAUUAGACAACAUGACGAAAGCAAAUAAUACAGCAAAAUCAGGUGUUAUAAGAAAAAAGAGAGAAGCUGCAGACACAUGUGUAAUCUUUGUCAUUGGUAGCUAUAAAUUAUUCCGUGAUAGAUGUCACUAUAACUUCCAGUCUUGUUAUUCUUUGCUGAUAAGCUAUGUUCAUUUAACAGACAAGGUGUUUAGAAGUUCAUCAUUUGUAGGAUAUAAUAAUGAUAUAAUCAGUAACAUUGGUCUUCAAAUUGGAAAGAUUCUGCUCUACACAACACCAUCAACAACUAGCAAGGAACACAAACUUCCACAUUACAAUGCUGCUGGCAUUAAAUGGAAUCCUGACCUGAAAAUGAGUUCUUUUGCAUAUCACCUGGCUUCACAGAAAGACUUUUUUUGUCACCAUCAUUUGUUUACCCAAUACCCCCUACCUAACCGUGUUUUGGGCUUUGCUUAUCUGAGUGGAAUAUGCAAAAAUACAGCGUCAAAUUUUUAUAGUAUAGGCAUUACAUCUGGAGAGGAUACUAAUGCUGGGCUGGUCUCGUCUCUUCAGAUGAAUCUAGUCUUUGCUCAUGGUCACAAUUUUGGAAGCAACCAUGACCCAGCAAGUGAUGAAUGCUCAAAGCCAGAUGAGGAAGGAGGUAAUUUUCUCAUGUGGGCCAGGUCUGUCACAGGGUUGAAUCCUAACCAUUUGCUAUUUUCACCCUGCUCGUUGAAACAGAUCGGUCAAUUAGUGGAGGUAGCUAACUGCUUAAAACCUAGAAGUUCGAUUACUUCAUUUUGUGGAAAUGGAGUCAGAGAUGUUGGGGAAGAGUGUGAUGGUGGCACAAACAGUAUAGUUGGCUUAGACCAGUGCUGCCGACCAGAUUGUACACUAAAUUUGACUGCUACUUGCAGUGACUUCAAUACUGUAUGCUGUUCUAAAUGUAAUAUUGCUGAUGCAAAUACAAUUUGUGAAGGAAGUUUUGUUAAUGAGUGUAAGAAGGCAAGAUACUGUACAGGAUUAAGCUAUACUUGUGCUCCAGCUGAAUUUUUACCAGAUAAUUCAAGCUGUUUAGAUGGGGGCAAAUGUUACCAUGGUGAGUGUAAAAGCUUUUGCGCUAUGGAGUCUAUCGAGCUUUCAAAAACUUUGGAACCUUGCCUGUGUCGAAACCGAGAAGAUGAAUGCAAAUGGUGUUGCUAUGAUAAUUCUGACCCAGAACGCCCUGGGACAUGCAAACCUUAUUCAAAAAAGUAUAAAAAAGAUGGCAGUCCAUGCAAUGCUGGGUUUUGUGAGCAGGGUAGGUGUAUUCCUGUGGUAACUACAACAAUAAAACGAAUAUAUUCAUUUUUAGUGGCUGAAGAGAAAGUAAGAAUAGUAUCAAUUGUCAGGUCUAAUAUUGUGAUAACAGUCAUUGUGGUCAUUUUAUUGGUAUGGAUACCUGGCUCCUGUUUUAUUUAUCGCAAGGAUAAAAGAGAAGCUAGAAGAAGGGACAUAAUUGACAAUAUUUAUGCAGAGCAGCUCAGGCGACGGAUGACCAUGGCAACAAAUGCUUUGGAUGAACCUGGAUCAGUUGAAGACAUAAAUGAUGACACUGAGCAAGAUGAAGCAUCCAUUGAGAGCGAGGACAGCAAAUUUAUUAGUAUCAUUGAGGGCCAGUCACCUUCUAAUACCACCUCAGAUAAAACAUUUUCUAGUGUCAUUGACAGUAAGCCAAAGUCACCUGUUACUGAGCAGUUUUCAAGUGCCACUGAAAACAAGACAGACUCGAGUGCCAUUGAUGGUGCUGCAACAAUUUAAAGUUGACCAGGGGAAAAAACGAUUUAAAGCUCAUUACUAUAACUAAUAACAUUGUUUAACACAUAUUUGAUCAUGUUUCCUUGAAAGCAUUGUUUCAUUCACCUCCCGUUCAACAAAAUAACCAUUAUUGUAAUGUAAAUUAACAUGUUUUUUCAUUUUUUUUUAAUUCUUAAGCAACACAAAAUAAAUUUGUCACAUUUCUUGAACCAAGCAAAAAAAGUUCACCUCAGUGAUUGUUUUUAUGUUGUUGUUUUUUUGUCAACAGGUAUUAUUGCAAUAAUUUCAAACCAGUUAAUUAAGGUUUUAAAUUUCAAUUCAGUUUCAUUUGCUUAUAUGGCCUAUAUGUAUAUGUGUGUAUAUAUUAACCAUAGUUACUUGUAGGCCUAAUUAAUUUAAUCUCUCUUAUACUCCCUUGAUGAAAAUCACUAAAUACAAAUGUUUUUUUUUUAGACCAAGUGGUAAAUGAUUUUUAAAAACUUGGAAGGUGAAUGGACACAGUAAUUAUUAUACAGAGAGAUAAUUGAAUUAAACAAAAUACUAAAACUAGUUUGAAAUUGCUAAUUGUUAUUUGACAAUAUUGUUGAUUCUAUUGGAAGUGAUAUAUUAAU